AUGUCCCAUUUGGAUCACCAGGGUCUAGCCACCGUCUCGAGGGUGUGCAAGUCCUGGCAUGAGGCUGCCACGGCCGAUGCACUACUGUGCUCGGCCUGUGCCGGAGCCUACGCGGACCCCAACCCCUCCCAGCGCCUCGUCACCAAGACACAUGCGCAGUACCUGUACCGCAUGAGGCCAGCGGACCUGGCAGCGCUGCCACACGCCGUGGCCUCCAAUCCCAUCAACCCAGCCUUCCUGCCCAUGCACCUCUUCCGAAAGGCAGAUGUCGAGGAGGCUGCAUGGGAGAAGAAGAGGACGAGCACAAAAUCAGUGCGGAGACACAAGGAGCCGCUGCCACACGCCGUGGCCUCCAAUCCCAUCAACCCAGCCUUCCUGCCCAUGCACCUCUUCCGAAAGGCAGAUGUCGAGGAGGCUGCAUGGGAGAAGAAGAGGACGAGCACAAAAUCAGUGCGGAGGUGUGGCUGA